AUGAAGACCUCUGUUUCUGAUAUCCCAUGGGGAAACCUCUGCAACUUGAGAACUUUAGAUUUAUUCGAAAAUCAAGUUAACGGAGACAUAAGUGAACUUAUAAGGGGUUUGGUUGAAUGCAGCAACAGUAGCAUAGAAGAUUUAUGGUUAGGAAGUAACCAAGUGAGUGGACAGUUGCCAGACUAUUCACUAGCAUGCCUUCAGAACUUAAGAUACUUUCUACUUUUUAAUAACUUAAUCUCAGGCCCAAUCCCAGCAUCAAUUGGAAGGUUGUCCAAAUUGGAGAUGUUAGACCUCUCUUUUAAUCAAAUGAAUGGGUCCAUACCAGAUGGCAUCGGAAAACUUGCAAACUUAAACUUCUUGUUACUUGAUAACAAUUACUGGGAAGGUGCUCUCUCCCAAAAUCAUUUGCAAGGCCUCACAAAAUUGCGAAGUUUCAGAAUAUCAUCGUCGAACAAAAGUUUAAUCUUCAAUAUGAGCCACGAAUGGGUUCCUCCAUUUAGCCUAACAGAAAUCACAGUCUGGAACUGUCGAUUGGGUCCCAGAUUUCCAGCGUGGCUAAGUAAUCAAAAACAACUUUCUUAUAUAAGGCUUACAAACGUUGCCAUUUCAGAAACAAUACCUUAUUGGCUUUGGGAGUUAUCUCCACAGAUUUUUUGGUUAGAUCUUUCUGGUAAUUGGAUACAUGGAGUGCUUCCCAAUUCAUUAGUAUUUUCUAGAGCAUAUCUAGUGGAUUUAAGUUUCAAUUGCUUAGAGGGUUCACUCCCAGUUUGGCCUAAUGUGUCACAUCUCCUCUUGGCAAACAAUUUAUUUUCAGGAUCAAUUCCCAUGAACAUCGACCAAAUGAUGCUGUCAUUGGAAGUUCUUGAUUUAUCUGGGAACUUCCUAAAUGGUAGCAUCCCAUUGUCCGUAGGUAGGAUGGAACAUCUAGCAAUGCUUUAUCUAUCAAACAACUAUUUAUCUGGAAAAAUCCAUGGUCAAUGGAGGGAUUUACCAAGUCUUGGAAUAAUUGAUUUAUCCGGAAACAAUUUACUUGGUGAGAUUCCAAGUUCAAUUUGCUCACUACCAGCGCUUUUUUGGUUAAAAUUAAGCAGCAACAAUCUUUCAGGGGAACUCUCUUUUGCAUUCCAGAACUGCAAAGGCUUGACGAUGCUUGAUCUUGGAGAAAAUCGAUUCUACGGGAACAUACCCAAAUACAUUGGAAAAGACUUCUUAUCACUAUCAGAACUGCGCAUACGAGCUAACAUGUUCAGUGGAAAUAUUCCUGAACAACUAUGCUCUCUUACUCACCUCCACAUCCUAGACCUCGCUCUUAAUAAUUUAUCAGGAUCCAUUCCAUCAUGCUUGGGAAAAUUGGGUGCUCUGAAUUCAUUGAUAUCAUAUAGCCCAUAUAAACCCUCUAAGAGUGACCUGUAUGGUCCACAAACGCAAAUGCAAAUGCAAAUGCAAAUGGAAACGGAAAUGGAAUUGGAAAUGGAAAUGAAAAAGGAAAUGGAAUUGAGCAACAAUCUUCAGGGGGAGAUCCCAGAACUAAUAACAAAUCUCUCAACCUUGGGUACCUUAAAUUUAUCCCACAACCGACUGACAGGGAAAAUACCAGAGAAGAUUGGAAGCUUACAACGGUUAGAAACACUUGACCUCUCAUGCAACCACCUUUCAGAUCCAAUUCCUCUAACCAUGUCCUCUAUGACCUCACUAAACUCAUUGAAUUUGUCAUUUAAUAAUUUGUCUGGACCAAUUCCCUCCGUCAACCAGUUCCUAACCUUCAAUGAUCCUUCUAUUUACGAGGGUAACCCAGAACUUUGUGGGCCUCCAUUGUCAACCAAGUGUCUGAUGCCUAAUGAUAGAGAUGCUGAUGGAAACCAACAUGUUAAGACUCACAAAGAUGAAGAUGAGAACGAAAACCUGGGCUUCUACCUUGGCAUGGAGAUGUUUGGUGUUAAAGAAGUCUUGGAGAUGUGCCUAUUUUGGGAGCAUUCAAAUCAUGGCAGUAGACUAGGAAUAAUGUUUAUUGUUAAGGAUGAGGAACCCACUAGUGCAAGUGCAUCAGCACCAUCUUCUCAUGCAUCAGCAUCAGAUGCAAUCACAGCUCUCAAUGGAUGCUCAACUGUUUCCGUAACCACUGGAAAGUAG